UGAGCCCUAAGGAGACAAGACAAACUUUAAACAAAAAGCGAGGCUCUGAGAGCAAGGCUGUGGCCUAUACUGGGACUACAGCCAUGGAGGAGCAGGGAAAUGGGAAGAAGUCAGAACUUGGCCGAAACAAGUCGAGUCCUGGCGCCAAAACCAGGAGUCUAACAGCCUCAUGCGACCCCACUAACGAGGAAGACUUUGUGGUGCUCGAGGAGGAUGAGACUUGGAUGUCAUCAGAUGGGAAAAAUAACAUCCCUUUUGACAACAGGAUAAAAUCAGAUAAUCUUCAAUCAUCCAUUAAAAGAAGAGUUGAGGAAAACACUUCCGCUAGCUACAGCGACAAUAACCUUCUACAACCUUCCAGGAAUUCCCCUCAAGAAAAGCUUAUUGAGAAAACAAGCAGAAGAAAGUCUGACACACGUUCAAUCGCGAUUGACGGCGUGGAAGCAGACGCAAAGAGUUCACCCGCAGCCUGCUCUGAGAGUGUAAUGGGUCUACCUUUGGCUGAAGUGACAGGCAGCAGGUGUCAGCUAAAAGGAGUCAGUCGUGUUGGAGCUGCCCUCACUGAGACAACUGGGAGAGGAAAAGCAGACAGGGAGCAAAAUGUGGAUGAACACGACAUGGGGCAAGUUUCUACUGACAUUAAUAAGGAGCAUCUGUCAAAACAAAACAACAGGGGAUCGGGGAAAAGAUUAAGAAAGAGCACCGAAGACACGGUUGAUGAGCCGGGUGGGAAUUGGGAAUGCUUGGAAAAGGCAGAUUGUUCUUUAAGAGAAUUGGAAAAUCCCGAUAAGGAAAGCCACAAAUCAGGAUUUAGUGCAGAGAAGGCCCAAGUGGGAGCGGAUCAGUCCCAUCAGAGCAGGUUUGCUGGUGCUGUCUCUAAGAGGGCUAAAGCGGGUACUCGUAGUUUGUGCACCAAAAAAGAGGACAGCCAACUGUUCUGCAAAGCGGCCGACUCUCCAAAGCCUCCUAGCUCUGAAAUACUGCAUGACAAUCCCUCAUUUUCAUUGGAACAAUGCGAUUUAAUCCCUUGUCCUCCCCUGCUAGGGAAUGAAGGCAGUGACGGAGAGAUACAGGUUGCGAGCUUAAAGAGGGAGAGCGAGCUUGUGUGUUUCUCUGCUGUCAUCACCCCUCCACCUGUAACUCAUUGUUUGCCUAAGAGAGAUACAUCAAUGGCAACACAAUUCGAUACAAGUAUGGUCAAUUCACAGAUGGCGCCAGACACCAUGCCUGACUUGUGUGAUUCUAAAGACGAGUCUGCACCAAAAGAAAAGCCCAAAGUUAAAGGUCCACCUCCACCUGUCCCCAAAAAACCUAAAAACCCAUUCAUAAAGCUCAAAACUGCACAAUUAAUGUCUACCGAUGUGCAAAGGAGAGGCAAAGAUCAUCUGCGUUCUGAGGAGAGGGUCAAGAGGAGACAUACUUUUCAUUUUAACAAAGAUCCUCCAUGCAAUGCUCCAACUAAUCAGGACAUGUGCUUGCUGUGGGACGAAAGGGGCACUUACACAGUGCCAACUACCAAACGGCCGCUGUCAGUUGACCUCACCCCUUGGGAACAUCUUUCGCUUGGACACAUGGACGAUCGGUACGGAGAUAUGAUCGACUUUGACUACUGUGUGCGUAUGGCCAGACUGUCCCCAGAGGAAGAGCCGCAAAACCUGGACAUGUUGCAGAGGAGAGUAUUCCUGGAAAGGCGAUCGAGAUUUAAAAGCUCACCUCCUCAGGUUGCGAAAAAGCCCCAAAAUCCUUUUGCAUCCACGGAGACUCUUCACAUACCUGAGGUCACGUCGGACAAUGAAAUCCAAAGACCCAAUCCUGUUUGUUCAGGGAAAAGAGAAAUCUACCCUGAGCUCCAAUCUGAAAGAGUCAGCUCCCAGGUCAGCUAUGACAACCACGGUAACUAUGGUAACCGUAAAGAUAUAACUGAUUACAGUGGUGACAGGGAUGCAGGAAGUGGCGGUGAGGUGGGUUCGUACAAGCCUGUGGCGGAAAUUAUCAAAGAGACGAAUCAAAUGCAGAGACAUCAGGGUAGGGUCAAAUCUGAAGGGGCCAAAGCUCCGGUUCGGGUGGCAGAGCAGAGUCCGAGUGUGAAAGUGUCCCAGAUGAAGAAUGCCUUUGAUGUCCCAAAGAAAUCCAAAGACAGACCACAAGAAGUUCAACCACCUCCAAAGAAAGAUAUGUUGCGGCGAGUUGUGCGACAGAGCAAGUUCCGCCAUGUCUUUGGUCAGGCCGUGAGGAACGACCAGUGCUACGAUGACAUCCGCGUGUCCAGGGUCACAUGGGACAGCUCCUUCUGUGCCGUCAACCCCAAAUUUGUUGCCAUCAUCAUAGAUGCCAGCGGGGGAGGAGCCUUUCUUGUCCUUCCUCUACAAAAGACUGGGCGUAUAGACAAGGUCUACCCUACAGUAUGUGGUCACACGGGCCCAGUGUUGGACAUCGACUGGUGUCCUCAUAAUGACCAUGUCAUUGCUAGUGGCUCUGAGGACUGCACGGUCAUGGUGUGGCAGAUCCCCGAGAACGGGCUGGAGAAUCCCCUUUCAGAGCCUGUGGUUGUGUUAGAGGGCCACUCUAAGAGGGUCGGCAUCGUGUCCUGGCAUCCCACCGCUCGCAACGUUCUCCUCAGUGCAGGGUGCGACAACCAGAUCGUCAUUUGGAACGUGGCCACGGGAGAGGCCAUGAUCAACCUGGAGGACAUGCACCCCGAUGUUAUCUUUAGUGUCAGCUGGAGCCGCAAUGGCAGCCUACUCUGCACCGCCUGCAAGGACAAGAAGGUCCGCGUCAUCGACCCCCGUAAAAAAAAGAUUGUCGCGGAGAAGGACAAAGCUCACGAGGGAGCCCGACCAAUGAGAGCAAUCUUUUUAGCAGACGGAAACAUUUUCACCACUGGAUUUAGCCGCAUGAGUGAGCGCCAGCUAGCCCUGUGGAAAACUGAAAACAUGGAUGAGCCGAUAUGUGUUCAAGAAAUGGACUCGAGUAACGGAGUUCUGCUGCCCUUCUACGACCCCGACACCAGCGUAGUUUACCUGUGUGGAAAGGGUGACAGCAGCAUUCGGUACUUUGAGAUCACUGAUGAGGCGCCGUUUGUUCACUACCUCAACACCUUUUCCACCAAGGAGCCCCAGAGAGGCAUGGGAUACAUGCCCAAAAGAGGCCUGGAUGUCAACAAAUGUGAAAUCGCAAGGUUUUACAAAUUACAUGAGAGAAAGUGUGAGCCAAUCAUCAUGACAGUCCCACGUAAGUCGGAUCUGUUCCAGGACGACCUGUAUCCCGACACUGCCGGCCCCGAUCCCGCCCUGGAGGCAGAGGAGUGGUUCGCAGGGAAGAACGGAGGCCCAAUCCUGAUCGCACUCAAAGAUGGCUACGUCUCCACAAAGACCCGGGAUCUGAAAGUGGUUAAGACGAACGUCCUGGAAACCAAGCCAGCCACAAAAGCAGAACACAUCUCAACUGUCCAGAAGCAUGUUUCUCCACAACCCUCAGUGAAAAUGGAAGAUAAACUGGAAGAGGUACUCCGAGAGUUCAAGUCACUCAGGGACCGUGUCAUCCUCCAAGAUCGUCGAAUCGCCAGACUGGAAGAGCAGGUUGCCAAGGUGGCCAUGUAAAGACGCGGGCCCCUUCCCAGGACCGCUCGUUGAUUCGGAGAGAAUCGAAUGGACGGAGUCCGCCACCGGCCAAAUUCUCAAAAGAUUCGGCUUCAUUGAGCUUGACGUCGUCCCCCGCGAUGAGACCAAGCCUACAUUCCAAGAUUAACAUUAUUUUUUUUUCCUCAUCAAGUCUCACACUUUGCCCUGACUCACACACAGAGAAAAGGAAGAACUCUCGCAGCUCAUGUACACAUUUGAAGAAAAGACAUUUUUGUUGAAGGAAAAGUCUUAAUUUUUUUUUUUUUUUUUUUUUUUUUUUUUUUUUUUUCAAAUUUGUGGUAAAACAUUCUCAUGUGAAGUUUGUACUUACUACUCAGAAAACUGUAUGUAGCAUCAGUAUUUCCAUUGUUACUUUUUUGUGUUGCCAAAUAUGAAUCGUGUGUGGUUUCAUGCACUGCUUUUACAUAUAUUUUCCCUCCUGUUGUACAUUCCAGUCACAACCUGGUAGAUUGAUUUAGUCAAGCUGGAUUUUUUAAAAUAAUCAAUAGCUGUUGAACCCUUUUUCCUCCCACCAGUUUGCUCAUUGAUAACCAUCAGAUUUAUGAAUGUGGAAGAAUUCCUGGAUUCUUCUUUUUGUUCCUGUUCUUCUGGGCUUGAAAUUUAACGUUUGGUUUUAUUGGGGAGGGGUGGGUGGGGUGGGGUUGCAUCUCUCUGGUGUAAAUGUUGUGCAAAUGUAGUGGUGCCUCUUGUCACUGUUAAGGGUCAAACUUAAGUCACCCUCUCCAGUGCAUAUUUGGUGUUGGGAAGGGACCACUCACCUAGCUUGUGUUUCACCGAACCCCAGACAAACAGUUCUGUGCACAUAAUAAAGAUUUUACACAUGAAAA